AUGGAUCAACAGCAGCCGUUGAAGAUACUCACCUUAGAUGGCGGUGGAUUGCAAGCACUGGCGACGUUAAGCAGUCUGAACGCUGUCUGUAGGGCUAUUGCCAAACAAAAUGGAGCUGAUCGGCCUCCUGCGCCGCACGAAUGGUUCGAUAUCAUAGGCGGUGUCGGGACCGGCGGCUGGAUUGCGUUGUUGCUCGGACGGUAUCGUCUCGACCUUGCCACUUGUACGGCAAUUUAUAUGGAGAUCGCGACGAAAACCGACAUCCACAGGAGCAAGUCAUCUUCAAGGAAGAAUCGUCCAUUUAAGUUGAAUCAGGACCGGCUUAUGACUGUCGUUGAAGAGACCCUUGAGCGCUACGGCCUUGAUCCGGCUCUAAUGCCACGAGAGGGCGGCACACUCGAGCUGGAAGGACGUCUCGCAGGCAGCAGAUGCAAAUAUGCAUUUGCGACUGGAGUGGUUCCACGCGGAGAAAGAGAUGCUCCAAGAUAUGCGCUGUUCAGGUCCUACCAUGUCGAUGAAAAUCCAAACGAACAGCUGAUGAAGAGUCCAAGUCCUGAAAACUGCCAGGUUCCAGAGGUUUUUUGUGCUACAGGCGCCGCCAAAUUCUUCUUGACGCCGUAUAAAAUUGGAGACACUGUCUUCUUCGAUGAGACAUUCCCACAGUCGCACCCGAUCUCUUCAUUGGCCCUCGAUGAAGCACUUCGAAUCUACGGGAGGAAUGUCGAAAUUUCGGUCUUGUUGAACAUUGGGCCUGGGAUCCCCGCAGACAAGGACUGCGAGGAGCUCGAUCUAAUGUCUCUCGGGCCUAUCAGUCGGCUGACCCGGAAGUUUAGCUGGCCUUUGGGCAGACGUCUCUCGCUGAAACAACCGCUGUUAUUCGCUGAGGGAGGACUUGAAGCGAUGCAGAAGAACCUCAAUCUCACUAGUCCGAGUGAAACCGCACUUAGACUGGAAAGUCAAAGGCGAGAAGAUAUUCGGGCCAGAUUUAAGCGAAUGUACGGAACACCGGGCGCUGACAAGUAUCAUCAUAUUGGUCCUGCAUAUUCCUCCGAACGAGCUUCCUUGAAUGACGUCCACGCCAUAAAUCUGCCACAGUCUGAAUUGGCAGACCAGAAACAGCGGAGCAGAAUCGCCGCCGAAGACAUCGUGAAGCAGGUCUGGGUGGGUGCUGCCGCAUGA